AUGCAUUUAAUGUACACUAUUGGGGAAGAUGGUAAAAGGAUAUAUACCUUAAAGAAAAUCACUGAAGACGGAGAAAUCACCAAAUCUGCUCAUCCAGCAAGAUUCUCACCAGAUGACAAGUAUUCCAGACAAAGAGUAACUUUGAAGAAGAGAUUUGGCCUCUUACCUACCCAGAACUGA